AGCCAUGCACUAGUAAUUUUAGAGAAGCUCAAGUGUUUUAUACACUAGGAUACGAAUGAAAUAGAUACAAUAUUAAUCAUGCAUAUUAGCUUUAUUUACUGAAAAUAUGGUGUUUACAGGAAUACGUGAUGGUCAGAAUGUGACAAUAAAGCCCACAAUUAUACCCGACAGCUCACCAUGUGGACCAAGUGACAGUUUUUACAAUGAACUCGAGGCGUACAGUCUAAUUGCGUCGGCUGGUAUAAUCAUAUGUCUUUCAAUACUUGAAAAGAGAUCGUCUCAAACAUGUCGUUGUGCAGGACAGAGACCAGGGAUAGUCUACCCGGUUAAUCUGCUAGAUCACGGAUGUGAUAAUUUUGGUUACUCCAUGGCAUUUGGCAGUGUUGCUAGUUACUGUUUCAGAUUGUUCUUUGACUCAAAUAGUUUGUACAGUAAAGGUCCUGAAUGGAGUAAAACCUUGUAUGUAAUGCUAUUCGUGUUGCUCUAUGGGAUGAUGUUCUACCCGCUGUUUGCUUGCCUUACAACAACAUGGGUGUUUGUCGGCUCCUUUCUAGGGCUUGGUUAUACAUCUCUCUGGCUGUAUUCAAACUUAAGAACAGUCAUCAUGUGUCCGAAUGGAUCUGAUGGGAAUUUCACAGGACAAGAUAUUGCCGUCCAGAUUCCAGUAUUGUUUUGCUUGGUAUGUCUGUUUUUGCGGUAUGGCUAUAUUCUCAUAAAACAUUCCGUGCACAUUGUCAAGGACAGGUCUGUGGGGAGAAUCAUCCAGCAGGAAGAACGGGAACAUCUUGGCACGAAAUACAACCGGAUGUAUGUCCGGGAGUUACUGGUACCCGCGUGCAAGUCUUCAGUCCCUAGCAAUGAAGGACCUACAGAAGAAAUAACCUGGCACAAGCGAUUUAAGGUUUUUAUGAGGAGAUACAUUUAUUUGAACGACCCCACAUUCAAAUAUUCACCAAGAAUCAUUUGCAUAUUUACAGUGGCACUCAUCUGUGCAUAUCAGUUUGGAAUCCUGAUUAUAUUGGCAUCGUAUCAGUUAAAGCAACUUUUACCACUCAUUUACCCUGGUAUUAACGCGACUGAUGAAGACGCGGAGGAAUAUGAAUAUGUUCGCAUGUUUGUUAAAGUGACUACCGGAUCUAUGUUGUUUUCGUUUUGUGUGUCAUCACUUCUGACGAUAUUUUCAAUCUUCCAAAUAUUGACCAACUACAGACAAAAUAUCAAGCGGAUGUACAAAGGAGAUUUCAAAAACCUUCCUUUCAGACGAGACCAACGACAUCCCCAAUUUAUUCUGUCAGAUAGUCUUUCUUAUGCGGGGUCUCAGAUUGCUUACACACUUUGGGGUUAUGUGAUUGUAAUUGUAAUGUUGACCAUAACAUGUUUGGCUUUGAUGUAUCUGCUCGUUCUGCCUGCAUUUGGCUUCAUACCACGAGAUUUUCUCAAGGUCCUGUGGAAUGUUUUGCCUGGAGUUGCGAUAUUGCAAUUGGUGAUGAUAUCGCAGAAAGUAUUCAGUCGUCUGCUUCUGCAGACACGGAGUUCUGUUAACGAAAAAGGCAAAACCACUUCCUCUGUCAUUUUGGCUCUGGAUAACAGAAAAGUCUACCACAAUGUGUGUUACUUUCUAUUUUUCUUCUACAUCGUUCUUGGAGUAUUUGGAUGCUUUUUAACAAUCCUCAAAGGCAUGGUAUUGGGCAUAAUGCAUCUGGCUAGGCUUGACAAAUGUGGUCUCGUUACCGGCUACGAGACUUGGGAUAAAGGUUACAUGUACUACGUGAGUUUCCUAUACGUUGAAGAGUGUCACCGGCACCCGGUGUUAUUAGUUUUCUGUGAUAUUCUACUAGACGGUUUGCAAGGUAAGAGACAAGAUAAGCAAACUUAUGAUUUGGAUAAUUAUGGCAGUACUGAUGUCAUCCAUGACACCGAGGCAGUGCUUUCCAACAAUGAUUUGAAUCAAGGAGCAACAUAUGGAACCAUUAACACUCAAACACCAUAUGUAUUCGACAAAUCCAAACAUCUUGCUAGAAACCGUUGGUUUAAAGCUUAUACGAUGAUUAGAAAUCCGGGAUUGAAAGACAAGGAGGUUGAGGAAGAAUUCGAUACUUUAACGGAUCUAGGAACACAUUAUCGUCACAGACGUUUAAGCGAUAAAACAUUUGAAAACAGCGUAGAAGUAUAAUUAUUGACUUGAAAAAAAUAUUCAAGAAAUUGCGUAACAAUAAUGUAAAAUUAGGGACAUUUCUGUGAUAUUGAGAAUGUACAUUUAAAUAUUUACAUCAAUUGCAGUUGAUACAUGUCUCUGUAUCUUAGCGUUGGGAUCACAUCUGACAAUCCUACUGCGUUAUAACAUGAUACUUUGGCGUGUACCGCUGUCUAUGAUACUUUGUCGUAAUGUUAGAGCUGAUAAAAUCAGCAUGUUUGACAAAUGCCAUAUUGAAAAUUAUGUGAUGCCUGAAUAUGUUACCUUCGUAAAAUGAAGUGUGUAUUGUUAUAAAAUCAUCAUCUUCACCAUCAUCAUAAUCAUUAUCAUUAUUAUCUGUAAUCUUUUAGGAUUAUAAUACAGCUGUUUUAUCAACAUUUAAUUUACUAGUAAACUCACUUAUGUGUUUUAAAAAAGUCUCCCCGUACAUGGAUUCGGUAUUUUCAUAUUUCCUGGUCCUUUUGGUUUACGGAGUCAUUAAAUAUCUAUGUUACAUAAUUCAGCUUAAAUUGGUGCAUGGCGGCGUGAGAGGAUUGCACUUUCCAUUACUUUUCACGACUAGGCUCAGUCAAACCAAGUCUGUUUUUAUUUUGCUUGGUUGCAUUUUUUGCUUCAGUAGGAUCUUCUAACAGAUAAAUUAACUAUCACAACAGCAGUUUUUAGGUGCCGCGUGGCGGUCGUAAAAAGUCUCCCCGUACUUUGAUUUAGUUUUGGUAUAUUUCCUGGUCCUUUGGGAUCAUGAAGUUCAUUCAAUAUCUAUGUAAUAAAAUUAAUUCUGCUGAAACCUGUGCUAGGAGACGUUUGGGGUGUUGUAUUUUCCAUUACCUUUCAUAAACAGACUCACAUCCAAUGAAACCGAGUCUGCUAUUAUUUCUUUUCUUCCGAAGGAUCUUCUGAUAGAUUUUAUUAUCAUGUCUGUCAGGUAUAAUAAUGUACGAAAAGAAUUCGUAAAUAACGGCCAUCUUCAGGGCCAUUAUUCAGUUUACAUUUCAAACACUAAAAUAAACAAUGUUAAACUCUUACUUCUAUCCUUUAAAGGGCGGCCCUUGAAACAAGUAAAUUGCAGUAAUCUUCUUGGACAAAUAUAAGCUUUGAAUGUACAAUAUACUAGGGUGUGAUAGAUAUCCAAAUUCUCCAUAUUUUGAAAUAUGUAUUGAUUAAAUGCGGAUGACACAUGUGUUAGCCAUACAUUUUCAGAAAUGUUUAGGUCAGGUACUAUGCUGUGGUCAUUCGGUAACACAUUUGUUUCUAGCCGUGUAAUCAUUUAGUUUGCAUGCAUGAUGUAAAGGGGGCAUUAUCACCUGGAAAUAAAUAUGAAUUAUUAAGAAAACAUUUUGUGAUUACAGGUCUUCUAGCCUUCUAGUAUGUUUUCAUAUUGUUCUGCAAUCGUGUUUUUAUUUACCUAGGCAAGGAAUGUCAACACCAUUUCAACAAAUACAGCCUCCAUAUCAUUACCUUAUAUCUUCUGUUUGUUGGUCGUUGAACUAGACCAGACCUGUAGUCUUCACACGUACACGACUGUCAUUGCCAACAACUACCAGAAUGACCUUGUCCUUGUCACCUACCACGUAUAACCAGUGACACCAGGCAAGGUGUUAACAUUUGUUUACGUCUUCCACAGAAAGUUUCUUCUAAACUCUUAUCAGUGCAAAUGGUGUUGAACAGUACGUUUUGACACUUCUCUGUCUCUACUCUCAUUUAAUUUAGCAGACAUUUUGCUUAAAGUAUCCCUCCUUAGACUUUUCAGAAGGUUUUCUAUCUACCGAUAAUCCCUGUAUUUGACGGUUUUACGUCUUCUACUUCUAGCAAGGUUUUACACAGAUGUUAUUUCGAUUUUUUUUUUAAAUAAUACUUGUUUCCAUUGCGUGUGUUAGAGAUUCACCUGGAGGGGAUUGCUUUUAUUUACACUGUCCCGUGUCUUUGGAACAUGAUGGGGGUACGAGUGAGGUUGGGUGCGCACCAUAAACCGGUUUGAGCUCCCCAGUAGUGUUUUUGCCACUGACCGUUCCAAGGCGGUGCCCCACUGUGUUCCUUUGUUUGUUCGUUCGUUUUGUCCUCGUAUGUUGGCUUGUGUAUGCGCGUGUGUGUUUGUGGUGUGCAUGUCGUCUGCGUGCUGCGGAUUUCGUUUUGGGGAGGCUGCGUUUUUGGUACGUGGGAUUCCCUGUUUGAUAUUUGUCUUUGUUGUUUUUUGGUUUUUUUUUUAAUUUUACUUUGAUGUCUUUGUUACACCCUGCUAAUUUUAUAAUUUCUUUAUCCAUUCCUAUGUAACUCAGUCACGACAGAUUUUACAUCACUACUUCCUGCCCGUCUUUUAACACAUUGAAUAAAUCUACAGUUAACAUUUAAUGGCAUCAUAAAUUACGUCAAAACUAAGAUAUGAUAUAAAUAGACGUAAGGCACUUUUCAGGUAAUCAAUAAUUCUUACAGCCCGAGGUAGAAAAAUUAAUGGCCGCUAUGAACGAUCUUUGUGCACAUAACAGUAGAAUUUUAGUUAAGUUAUAUAUGUGACGGUAGUGCCAAAGUAGCGAAUAUACAUGUAUGUAGAAACCAUUUUCAGAGUGGUGUGACUACUAGUUAUACUAUGACAGUACAAAAAUAUAAAUCUAUAAAACUCUGUAUUUAAAUGUCAUAACAUAAAUGCAAUAUAAUAUCA